UUCGAAGGAAAAUCUCACUCAGAGUGCGUGCAAUGCUUAGCUCUUUGACAACAAGAGUUCGCACCUUUUUGUUUAAAGACGAAGGAACAAUAACACAUGAACAAAGUUCAAGAAAAAGAAAACGGGUAGACGAGUGUUCAGAAAAUGGGGAGGAAGAUGAAGAUGUUGUCAUCAUUGCUGUCAAAAGACCGAAAGUAGAGACAAAAUCUUUGUUUUCCAGAGUUCUCUCUAGUCCCUAUAAAAAGAUGUCUGACUGGGUAAGGAGUAAAACAAAAUGGAAUGACAGUUUUUUCUCUCGACCUAAACUGAAAAACAACAAUAGGAGUGCUCCUAACUUUGAACACACUCCAAGGAAUGGUCGUCUGAAUGGAGGACAAAACCCCCAUGAUAUCCGCCAAGAGAAAUUCCUUGCCAAUCGUGCAGUUAGCAAACCCAAGGAGGAAGUUUAUUGGAGUAACAUCAAGAGAGAAUCUUCAAAUGAUAGGCAGCAACAAAAGUUCCAACAGAAAAUAGGAUCACAGGAUGGAAGGGAACAAGUGACCAAAGUUACCUCAAAGCCAACACAGACAGAUAAUAUUAUCAUGUUGAAUGGAAACGGUGAACACAAUGGUCAUGAGCCGAAGCUGGUUGUAAGUCAGAAAAGGACAACAACAAGUACUUUACACUUUACAGCUCAUAACUGUGUUGAUUAUGAAGAAAAGGAACAGUACCGACAACUACUACAGCAGUUUACCUCUGUUCCAAUUUCUUCUCCUGCACAAUCACAGCACAAACCUACUCGACCAAAGUCACCUAGUACAAUGUCACACAGGUCUCUUGACAACUUGUCGGUUGGGAACCUUUCCCAAAGUUGGUCAUCAUUGAACUGGACUACAAACAAUAGAUUCCAACACACAACACCAAGCCGUCCAGUCACUGAAAUGAAUGGUACAUCCUUCCUCAAGCGACACACCCCUGCUAUGGAUGUGCUAAGGAAAUCUGCAGCAGUGCGAACACCAAUGCACCCUCGUCUCCACACAGACUCUCACAGAGCAAAGAGUAAAUCAGAUGAGAAUUUGGAAAAGUCAGCAGCAUCAGAAAGAUCAAAGAGUCCAACUUUUAAAGACUCUCAUUUUAUUACAGACGAAUGGGUGGAAGACAUUCUCACUAAAUACUCCAUGGAGUCUAGAGAAAGAAAUAGAAAAAUAGCAGAACAAGAAGUGAAAUCCAAAGUGUAUGAGGAAAGGAGAAAAGCAAGAGAAGAACACCUGGAAAGGGAGAUUCAGAUCCGUAUGAAAGUGUUGUCAACAGAACCAGCCUUUGCAGAAGAGCCAGUGAUAGAAGAUAUUGAAGAAGAAGAGGAAGAGGAAGAAAGGGAAGAAAAGGAAGUUUUUCCAGAGUUGACAGAUGACAUGGAAAGGAUCAUUUCCAAUGCUCUUCGGCCCCGCCCUGAGCAUGAAGUUCUAGUCGAGGCAUUCCGUCUUCAGAUAACUCGUAAGGACAUGGCAACUCUUUCUGGUCUCAACUGGCUCAAUGAUGAGAUCAUCAACUUCUACAUGAAUCUCUUAAUGGAACGAGGGAAGGACGAAGGAAAAGCGAAGGUUUAUGCUUGCAAUACUUUUUUUUACCCAAAAGUAGUCAGUGGCGGACAUUCAGCAGUCAGACGUUGGACCAAGAGAAUCGACAUUUUUUCCCAAGACUACAUUCUUAUACCUGUCCAUCUGGGCAUGCAUUGGUGUUUAGCGGUGGUUGAUUUCAAGAAGAAACUUGUGCAAUACUUUGAUUCCAUGGGUGGAGAAAACCAACAGUGUGUUAAUGCAAUAAAACAGUAUCUGUGUGAUGAAAGCAUGGACAAGAAGAAACAAGAAUUCAAUCUUACAGGCUGGGCCACAGAGAUAGUCAAAGAUAUACCUCAACAGAUGAAUGGCAGCGACUGUGGGAUGUUUGCUUGUAAAUAUGCAGAGUAUAUCACACGAGGAGCAGAAAUCACAUUUACACAGGAAAACAUGCCAUACUUCAGACGGAGGAUGGUGUACGAGAUUCUGAAGGCAAAGUUAUUACAGUAACAUAAUGGAGUGCUAGAGACUUGAGGACACUUGGUGCUGUGUGUUAUUCGUUGUGAGGAUGAAUGGAUUGCGAAAAUGGUUUGAUACAGAAAUAUCAAGUUGUAAAUUGACAUGAUUUCACAUUUGUCAAUGUGGCUUAAUGUAUGCAGUUGUGACACGUUGGAUUUGUGUUUCACUGUAAAGGUGAAUGAAAUUUUUUAUAAAUAGUUACUAUUAAAUUACGGUACCAAAACAACCUGUUUCAUAGAUGCACAUUAAUGCAUCAAAUGAAAGAG